UGAGGCGGCGGCGUCUUCAGCUUUAUUAUAUUUCGUUUUUCCUCUCCAUCGUCGCGUUUGUCCUCCUCUGGUAUCUGACGUCGCGUCCGUCGUCAUCGAACACGACCGCCUUCUUGCGCCGUCAGUUACUGCUCAUUAUUAUUUCCGCGACAACGAUGAAGCGCAACACAUGUCUGUGGGUGGUUCUCACCACUUACCUGGUCCAGCAAUGCUUUUGCCAGCAACAACUGAAGUCAUCCAACAUACAGGAAGAUCCAUGCAAAGCUAAAAACAAGGUGGUACCGGACGCGGCUUACUGCGAUCGUUACUGGGAAUGCGUGGAUGGACAGCCUGAGCUAUACGACUGUCCCAAUGGUCUGGUUUACGCGGGCAAGAACAGGGGUGUUACUGAGGGAUGCGACUACCCAUGGAGGGCAGACUACUGCGAUGGCAAAACUCAAGCCAACGGUCCGAUAGCCCGGGAACACUGCGAUUGGCUGUACGGCAUAUUCGGUCACGAGACGUCUUGCACACGAUACUGGACUUGCUGGAAUAGCACGGCCACCGAACAGCUGUGCAUUGGCGGUCUGCUGUACAACGAAAAAACUCACUCGUGCGACUGGCCCGAGAACGUCGAGGGAUGCCAGAAACAUCCUCUCUGCAACGAAGACGCCAACGGAAACGUGCCACUGGGAAAAUCGUGCAACAGGUACUGGCAGUGCCAAGGAGGUUACCCAAGGUUGCARAGGUGUCCGGCCAUGUUGGUGUUCGACAGGCGCACUUUGAGGUGCGUUGUGCCGCCGACCGAGGACUGCGAGGUGCCGACCACUCCGGCCCCGUCGCCAGACGAUUUGCCGUCCAACGAAGACGAUGGUGAAGAGAACGUGCCGCAACAAGCCAAGGCAACCGCCGGCCCAGUGCCACAGCGCCAGCAACAGCGAAAUCAGCAACAACAGCAACAGCAACAGCAACAGCAACAGCAGCAACCACAACAGCCACCACAACUUCAUCAGAGGCAAGGUGGUCCGUCACCGCAGAGACAACAGUUCUUGCAGCAGCAGCAACAACAAUUACCGCAACAACAGCAACAGUUGCCCGCCGCUACGCAACAACAGCAACAGCAGUUGCCGCAACAACAGUUCCAGCAGCAACCACGGGCUCAGUUCCAGCAACCCACGGCUAGGGCUGUUCAACAACCACAACAACAACAACAACAGCAACAGCAGUUUGUGCCACAACAACGGGCUCAACCUCAACAGUUCCAAYUGCCACCGUUGUCGGACCAUCAACAACAACAGCACACCGUGCAGAGGAGAGAAAACGGUGCAGCGGUGACGUACGGUGGUGCCGAAGACGACGUUGGUGACGACGWCGUCGACGUACCUGUCGCGUUUUCCGAACACUAAACACAAUUAUUGCACAGUACAACUAACGUCGAUACACCUACACACACCUAUACACUUAGAAUAUCAUAAUAUUUAGUUUAAAACGAAAAUUAUAUAGUACAUCGAAAAUAAUGGUAUGACCGAGUUGUUCGGUUAUAYAGUCRGAAAUGAUUUUUUUUUCACGAAAUCUGAUCUUWACUAUUCAAAAAAAAAAUUCGUUGAUUUUUCGAUUUUGUUUUCCGUUUUUAUUUUAAGGCGAUUUUUCGAGGACAGUUGCACGAAAGUGUCUAAUACACUUCAAUAAUUUUCACUAGAAAUCACGUGUUCGACGAUUGCGUUCGAGAGUCUAAAUAUAAAUUUAUAUUUUUGUGRACAGCCCUUACACAGAGGAUCAUAAAAAAAAAACCAAUCUACGGCAGUGUAAACCAUCGACGAACUAAAAUAAAUUAUAUCGUUACAUUUCUAAUCUACCCGCUUACCCGAUCAGUUUCAAAAGUCAUAAUAACCUUUAUUCGUUUCCGUUGUAUAAUAUCGUCUACAACAGUUGGUAAACAUUUAAAUGCUUUUUUUUUUAAAUUUUGUUCGAAUCGAUCGUCGAUACACAAUUUCGUUAUACAUUCGUGUCGGUAAAAAAAA